AUUUCAGAAAAACUUUUCGUUUCAGUUUUUGUUUAAAUGACAGAUUGAAUUACUGAAUCAUUCUCACAAAACAGAAGUUACAGUAAACUCAUUUGGACCUACAAAAGAUAGAAGAAGAUAGAGAUGAAGGACGAGAGGAAUUCAUUUGUGGCAACCAACAGUAGUAGUAAAUCAACAAACAAGCAUUUUGUCCUUGUUCAUGGAGGUUGUCAUGGAGCAUGGUGUUGGUUUAAGUUGACACCACUGCUAAAGUCAGCAGGUCACCGUGUCACAGUUCUGGACCUUGCAGGUUCUGGAAUCAAUUCAAAGCAGGUGAACGAUCUCCGGUCAUUUUCAGACUAUAUACACCCAUUCAUGGAGUUCAUGGAGUACUCUGUCCCUGGCGGCAUAUCCGUUAAACCAGAAGAGAAGGUGAUCCUCGUGGGUCACAGCUUGGGAGGGUUGGUCAUCUCGAAAGCUAUGGAAAUGUUCCCAGAGAAGAUAUCUGUGGCUGUUUUUGUCACUGCUUUGAUGCCCAACAUGUCAGAAGAAAUCAAUAUCUCCGAUGUCGGCAAAGAGCAUAUAUACCGACGGGUGAAGGAUAUACCCACAGCUUCCAUUUGUGGUCCCAAUUACUUGUCGUCAACUCUGUAUAAUCUCAGUCCACCUGAGGACAUAGCUUUGGCGAUUAUGCUGAUGAGGCCUGUACGUAUGUACAGCAUGAAAGACAUGUUAAAAGAAAUUGCAAUGACCAAGCAGAAAUAUGGAUCAGUUAAGCGAGUUUACAUCAUAUCUGAACAAGACAAAGCAAUAUCCAAGGACUUUCAGCGUUCGAUCAUAGAGAAGGAUCCAACAGAUGAAGUGAAGGAAAUCACUGGUUCGGAUCACAUGGUUAUGAUCUCCCAGCCUCAACAGCUUUUUGUCUGUCUUCAGGAAAUUGCUGAAAAAGCUUGAAACUUCAUGAGCUCUUCAGUAAAUUACAACAAUAAAAUAUGUAACUUAUUCACUAGGAUGAAAGGAAGCUUGAGCAAGUCAUUGUAAUUUACUGUUUUUGAUAAAAUUAUAGUGAUUGAAAUA